AUUCCGGCCUAUAGCACUUUCUCCAUUUCCUUGCAACAAACUGCUACUGCUCCUUGCUUGCACGCUGAUCUCAUACAGUCCUUCCAGAUCACACCUUAAUACGCGCGAUGAACCACCAUGUUAGCGGAAGAUCUAGGAAGUGCCUGGUUGUUUGUUGACUUAUGCCAGCUACUAGUACCCAUGAUGAAUUUGCCAAAUCGAUACCCUCAAACGAUAGUUGAACCUCAAAACGAAUUCGGAUCAAUGCUCUGCCGUUAUCCUCUUAUCGAUAUAUCAAUGAGUUGUCUUUUUAGAAUCUUUUGAAAAACCACUGCACGUUUCACACGAACUACCAUCAUGGCUCUGUGGAAAUCAACUGGAAAUGGCACUUUAGAGGGUAUAUCUCAUGUUGCAGACUUGGAUGCCUCAAAAUUAACUGUCACUUUAUCCGAAACACUCAAACCCAUUCCACCUCCCGAUACAUGGCAAUUUGGGAAUAUCAUGACCGACCAUAUGGUAGUGGCAGAAUUCGACCCAGAAACUGGAUGGUCUGAUCCUGAGAUCAAGCCUCGCGCUCCGCUGAGCUUAGAUCCUGCGAGUAGCUGUGUUCAGUAUGGAACAACCGUUUUCGAAGGAAUGAAGGCUUACGUUGGACCCGAUGGUAAACCGCGUCUAUUUAGGCCUGACAUGAACAUGGCGCGAUUGGCAAGAUCUGCGGAGCGUAUGGCUCUUCCUCCUUUUAAUACAGACCAAGUCCUGGCUUUAAUCAAGCAACUCAUCAUUGUCGAUCGCAGAUGGAUCCCUCUGUUAAGCGAACAUAGCAUGUAUAUCCGUCCAACGCUCAUGGGCACUCGCAUGGGUCUAAGCGUAGCCGCUUCUGACCACGCCACUCUAUGCAUAUUCUUGUCACCUACAGGUCCAUAUUUCCGUUCCGGAGGUAAAUCCAUCUCCGUCCUCGCAGUAUUCGACACUGUUCGUGCAUGGCCCGGCGGUACUGGGGGGCACAAAGUUGCUUUGAACUAUUCGCCAGGAUUCUUGCCACUUCGUACAGCGCAGAAACAGGGAUAUGAUCAGAUCUUGUGGUUGUUGGGAGAUGAUAUGAAGGUCACUGAAGCGGGCGCGAUGAAUAUCUUUAUUGUUGUUAAACGCGACGAUGGAGAUGUAGACCUCUUCACCCCACCACUCGACGGCACGAUUCUUCCAGGUGUAACUCGUGAUUCCAUGUUGGCUCUUGCAGAAGCUCAUACAGCCGGUGAAAUCACUCUUCCUGGAUUACAAAAAACAUCUCGUAUACAUGCUUCAGAGCGAACCUUCACCAUGGACGAUCUAUCACGCUGGUCUUCCGAUGGCAAGCUUCUCGAAGCCUUUGGUGCUGGUACAGCUGUGAUCAUUACUUCAAUUGGGAAGAUCGGGUUCAAGGGUGAAGACAUCAUCCUUCCAGAACAUAAAGGUGGGUUGGGACCCAUAGCAAACGCGUUCAGAACUAGGAUCUUAGAUAUCCAAGAGGGAAAAGAGGUUUGGAAGAAUUGGGGUGUGGUUGUUGAUGGUAAAACGGCGCCCACUAAAACAGAAGUUUAGAUCUAGGUUUAGACAGUCCCAUUUCUUUUAGAGUAUUACUGAACAGAGCAAGAGUGGUCUACGUGACUGACUCUAUAGAAGCAACACGAUGUGCUUUGAUGUUGAAGUUUCCUUUGUGUCUGCUACAGGAUUCGGACCAAACUUUGUCUGGGCUAGAAGGGCGUGCGGCAAGUGCCAGAAGAACCGGCGCUUUGAUGGCCGGUUCCCACAGGCGUUGGCUGCACCAUCCAGACCAUACUGUAACUGCGACAUAUCUUUCCUCUUGACUGGUCUACUAUGUAUAUGUCUCGUACUAUGGAUAACACGAAAAAAGAGGGUUGUUAAAUAUGUACGUAAGAACGAGUUUUCAUUUUAUUAAGCCUCGAAAUUAGUGAAAAAUUGCUAGUAAGUACGCGCG